UCCCAGGAACGUUUAGUCUGGAAACAGAGAAACCGUGGAAGUACGGCAGGCUAAAAUCACUUUAAUGUUUCUAUUAAACGUUUAAUUUAACGUCCACGAGGAGGGAAGCACGUGAAUACUGAGAGGAGAGAGAGCGUUCAGUCAGAGGGAGCAGAAGCCGGGAUGAAGGCCUUCUGCUGUCUACCGUUGGGGCUCUACAUCUUCAAGGCAAAAGGAUUUGUAAUGGAUCAAAUUGAAAUCAAUAACCGUCUCUUUUCCCAUUUCUCUUCAAAUUCUCUCCCUCGACUUUCGCCAAGACAUGAUCUCUGCUUGGCUGUUACAUAAGAACUGUUUGACUUGGGUUUGCUCACUCUAACCCAGAGGGAACAACUUACUCACACCGCCUGGCUCGCUCUUCACGCCAUCCGGACUGCACAGCCCACAGCUCAGGUGGUUUUAACAGUGGAUGGGCACAGGUGUAAGGGAUUUUCUGGACUUUUCAACCAAGACAGAAUGGAUCAUCCCACUCAACCUCUCAAACCUCCCUCGAGGUUUGACCCUCUCAGCCGGACCACUGUUGUCUUUUCCAGAUGGAUCUCCCUGGAUGUGGAGGAUGUAUGAGCCAGAUGACAAAGCAAUGAGUUUAUUUUGGGAGAUGAGGCGCAGAGAACGUCACGCAUAGGAGCUCCAAUCUGAGAGGAAACUUCAAGAACUUAUAGCAAUGGGAAAUUCAGAGAGCCAAUACAGCAUCCAGGGUCCUAAAGGGACAAGUUUUGUGUUCCCGGGAAAACAGAAGCCACUUAAGUUACGCUCAGGGAGAGAUGACAGUCUGUCUCCCCAGACAUGGUGGAGAAGUGCUCCGGUAGGAUCACCAUAUAAGACCAGGCGUGUUGGCUGUCUCUCUCCUCCUAAAAGUCGGCAGCCUUACUCUAUCAGGCAUUAUGACUACAUUUCUGAAGACACAAGAGGCAACCCAAGUGCUCACCACUGGCACAAGUCACCUGGAUGUGGCAUACGAAGGCGCCAUAUGUCAGAUGAGUAUGAUGGUAAUCCCUACGGGGCAGAGCUGAAUGGACACGCCCGAAAUGGACAUAUUGAUGAGGCUUUAGAGGAACAGAGUAGCCCAAGAGUGGUGAUCAAGAAGGAUGGCAGUCUCAGGGUGGAGUUCACCAAUGCAUCUGGCCAUGCCCUCCUCCUGGAUGAAGCCUCUGGUCCUGUACAGCUCCUCAAGUUCUCCCCAAACCUGGAGUCUGCCUCCACUCCCAGUCUGCCUGGUUCAAGUGGUAGCGCACAGGAGGGCCACUGCAACGGUCCACCACCGGCCUCCACCUCCUCCACAGCCAGGACAAGCAAAGGAAGCUCGCUGAGCUCUGACGGCUCUUGGUAUGACUCUCCAUGGGGGCCCAACACAGAUCUAUGUGAAGCGGAUCAACCCUGCUCCAUCACCAGGACUUUAGUCCACUCCCCGAUCCACCAGCUUGCCUCCUUCACUGAGCAGUCCCCUCCUGUGUCCAUCACAGACCUGUACAAGGAUCCUACAAUGUCUGCAACUUUCCCCACAGCAAAGGACUUGUCUUCUCAGUUCCAGGAGCCUCCACCAGGCCAGAGGACACACCGAGCCUCUUUCGCAUCAGCUCUGGACGUUCCACUGGAGGAGGAAUGCCCUGAGGUUCGGCAGUACUCGUCAUACACACUGCCCUGCCGUAGACCCAAAGCCCACACCAUGAGCGGGGACCUGGAGCAGUAUCCUGACCAACAUCAGCAACAGGAGCAGGCAGGGACAGACUUUGCUUUCCAUAAGAAAGACUCCAUAAAAACCCGUAUCAGACGCCUCAGUGACUGGACAGGCAGCCUCAGCAGGAAGAAAAGGAAGUCACAGGAGACCAGAUACAAGGACCUCACUGAUGCCUUUGACAGCGGGGUAGAUGGUCUGACUGCAGACACCAGCUCCCCCUCCCAGGUCUCCAGUCUCCUCUGGUUCCCAGGAAACUCCAGGGCCCAAUCAUCAGGCACCAUUCACCAAACCACUAGCGACGCCGUACGCCAAAAUAUCUAUGAGAACUUCAUGAGGGAGCUGGAGACGGGCAUUGGACAAGGAGGAGGAGUGAGAGGUGGUGACAGGAGAGACCCAUCCACAGGCACCGAAGAGGGUGACAGCAGCAGCGAGUCAGCGGAGGGCUCCUUGGAGCAGCUGGACCUGCUGUUUGAGAAGGAGCAGGGAGUGGUGAGACGGGCCGGCUGGCUUUCCUUUAAACCACUUGUCACCUUGCACAAGGAUAGGAAGCUGGAGCUGGUGACCCGCCGCAAGUGGAAGCAGUACUGGGUGACCUUGAAAGGAUGUACAUUGCUGUUCUAUGAGACUUAUGGCAAAGGCUCUCCAGAGCAGGAUUCAUCUCCUCGUUAUGCUCUCCUGGCUGAGGACAGCAUUGUCCAGGCUGUUCCUGAGCACCCCAAAAAGGAGAAUGUCUUUUGUCUCAGCAACUCUUACGGAGACGUCUACCUCUUCCAAGCCAGCAAUCAGACUGACCUGGAGAACUGGGUGACAGCCAUCCAUUCUGCAAGCGCCUCCCUGCUGGCCAAGCGCCAGGGGAAAGAGGAUACAGUGCGCCUGCUGCGGAGCCAAGUCCGCAGCCUGCUGCAGAAGAUCGACAUGGACGGAAAGAUGAAGAAGAUGGCUGAGCUGCAGCUGACUGUGGUCAGCGACCCCAAGAACCGCAAAGCUAUUGAGAAUCAGAUCCAGCAAUGGGAGCAGAACUUAGAGAGGUUUAACAUGGACCUGUUUAGGAUGCGCUGCUACCUGGCUAGUUUGCAGGGUGGAGAGCUUCCCAACCCAAAGAGCCUGCUGGCAAUCGCCAGCCGCCCCACCAAAGCAACUCUGGGACGGCUGGGGAUCUUCUCUGUCUCGUCCUUCCAUGCACUGAUUUGUUCCAGAGAUGAGGCCACGCUUAGAAGGCGCUCACUGUCCCUGACUUACAGAGAGCGCAAGAGAGGCCUUUUCUCCUCGAUAAAAGGCCUCGAUAACCUUACAAGAAGAGGCCGAGACAAGAGACCUUCUGCAUCACAGAUUUUUGAGAGCGACGCUGGAGGUCAAACAUACGCCCUCCCUCCCAGGAGCUCCGAGAGGCUGGACAUCCUGACCAGCAUCUACUCCAUGUCGCCUCCUGAGGGCGGUGUGUGGGACCGCAUCAACGGUGCCACAGAUGUGCUGACGUGUGUCUACAUGCCAGACCGCCUGACGGUCCAAGUCCCGACCAGAAGAGACCAGACAGCGGCUGACCUUCUCUCUGCUGCUUGCAAGGUGAAACAGCUGGACCCAAGUCUGCACUGCCUCCGGCUGCACAGACAAGACGGACAGGAGGUGGAGGUCCGAUAUGUGGCUCCUGAAGAGCUCCUCUGUGAUUUGGUCAACGGUCAGUUGGAGGUUGUCCCAGAUAAUGUGUUUGAGCUGCACAUGAGCAGACAGAGUGACAGUGGAGACUUUGGAUUUGCAGUGACAGGACAUAUAGACAACCAGAAAAACAGCAGGAUCUUUGUCAGUGAAGUGCUUCAUGAUGGACUGGCAUUCAAUGAAGGUCUGCGUCCAGGCGAUGAGAUCCUGGUACUGAAUGGGCGAUGUGUUUCUGGCUUGGACCUGGCGCUGAUCCAGUCGCUGUUUGCAGAACAAACGCUGCACCUGAGCCUGAGGCGAAAUGGACCCCCGCCUCCAAACUUGACCUCCAACCACUCGGUGCCUCCUCUUAAGGAGGGUCGCAGCAGACACCAUCGAGCCAAGUCGUCUUCUGAUGUGUGCACUGCAGCAGAAAAUGAUGCGUCCCUAAGUGUAGGACUGGAGGAUGUUCACUCACACCGCGCGCACAGGCCGGUUCAGCACAGCAAGAGCGUCGACACAGUGUGCACUCUCUACCAUUCGUUCCAGGAAGGGACGAGCUCAGGCCCUGUGGGUCUAAUGGAUGAAUCCAAGGAUCCUCCAGUGAGGCAGGGAGGUGGUCCCAUGGGAGAGGCCACGCUGCUAAGACCUUGCCCCAAGCAUAUGAGUGCCACAGAAAGGUUACGCAAGGUCAUUCAGGAGCUGGUGGACACAGAGAAGUCAUAUGUGAAGGACCUGACCUGUUUGUUCAAGAUCUACCUGAAACCCCUGCAGAAUGAAACCUUCCUCACACAGGACGAGAUGGAAAGCUUGUUUGGCAGUCUGCCAGAGAUGUUGGACUUCCAGAGGGUCUUCCUACAGACCCUUGAGGAGCGGAUUGCCUCCUCACCUGAUUUCAGCACCCUGGAGACCCCCUCACAGUUCAAGAAGCUGCUGUUUUCCCUCGGGGGGUCGUUUCUCUACUACGCUGACCACUUCAAGCUCUACAGCGGCUUCUGUGCAAACCACAUCAAGGUCCAGAAGGUCCUGGAGAGAGCUAAGACAGAUCAAGCCUUCAAGGAAUUCUUGGAUGCGAGGAAUCCCACCAAGCAACACUCAUCCACCUUGGAGUCCUACCUGAUUAAACCGGUGCAGAGGGUGCUCAAGUACCCCCUGCUGCUCAGGGAGCUGGUCUCCCUCACUGAUGCUGACAGUGAGGAGCACUAUCACCUCACAGAGGCUCUGAAAGCUAUGGAGAAGGUAGCAAGCCACAUAAAUGAGAUGCAGAAGAUUUACGAGGAUUACGGCUCUGUGUUUGAUCAGCUAGUUGCUGAGCAGACUGGACAUGAUAAAGAGGUCACGGAGAUCUCUAUGGGAGAGUUUCUCAUGCAUUCUUCAACCAUCUGGCUCAACCCGCAUCCAUCAUUGGGUCGCAUGAGAAAAGACCCUGAAAUGACCGUGUUUGUGUUCAAGAAAGCGGUGAUACUGGUCUACAGGGAAAACAACAAGCUGAAGAAGAAAAUGACCAACCCUCGAUCAGCACUUUCUCACGGAGAUUCAGACCCCUUCAAGUUCCGUUGGCUCAUCCCACUCUCUGCGCUGCAGGUUAGACUGGGAAAUACUGCAGGCACAGGCACAGAAAGCAGCUGCAUCUGGGAGCUGAUUCACUCCAAGUCUGAAGUUGAAGGAAGACCUGAGACCAUCUUCCAGCUGUGUAGCAGUGUGCCAGAGAGCAAGGUCAACAUCAUCAAGGUGAUCCGCUCCAUCCUCAGAGAAAACGUGAGGAGGAACAUGAAGAGCGAGGGCACGUUGGAGAGGGGCUGUAGGGAGCGUCUGGCACCCCUACGCAGCACCCUGCCCUCCUCCGCCAGGCUAGGUUCCUCCAGGGCUUCCUGGUUGUGCAAGCAGCCACUUGGAGAUCUCUCCGCACAGGCUGGGAUUCCCAAGCUGGGGCCAGACUCAGAUGAGGGAAGCCUGAGCAGUGGAACACACAGUUUGUCAGGCGCUCCUCUACCUUGCACCUCCUCCGACUCCCACGAUGCCUCAGUCCAGCAGACGUCAUCUCAAACACCUGGAUCAAACUCGCAGCCUCGCUCCACCUCUGCUGUGAAAGAGUCGGAUAUCUUAAGUGAUGAGGAUGAUGACGGUUUUAGUGAAGGGGGGGCAAGGAGGGACAGUGGAGACAGUAGUUCCCCAGCUAGCACCAUUGAGGCUCAGUUCCUCGAGCUGAAACUGUCAGAGGACGCUGUGCCAGUUUGUCCACCUGCUCCAUGUGUUGAGCCUGAGAGAGUGGGGGACACGCCAGAGACUCAACACAAACUGAUGCGAGGACAUUUCAGUGCUGUUAAGAGGAAACCCAAUAGUUUCAGGAGGAGUCAGGGUGCACUGUUGAACAUGAAGGCACACAGCAGGUCUCUGGAUAGUCAAACAGAUACAGCACUGCCCUCAGGGGUAGUGGACCUCAACACGUUGCUGGAGAGAGAGUUCAGCGUCCAGAGUCUGGCUUCUGUAGUGAAUGAAGACUGUUUCUAUGACCAAGAUGAGAGCUGUGCCACUGACUCUGGACAUACCACCUCUUCGUAGAACAGAGCAGAACCAUUAUAGUAUCAAGUAGUGUUGGAAAAACUGACUAAAGCCCUUACAUUAAAGAAGAAGAGAACCAUGUGGCUUAUUAAUGGGGUGUAUGAGGGUAGCUGUAAAGUUGUGCCUCAAUAACUCGUUUGGUAGGCCACGUACCUGCCUGCUAAAAGACAGGUAUUAAUGAUUUGUUCUAAUGGGAGCCUAUUGGCUGACAGAUUUCCCCCUAGAAAGGCAAAGUGAGGUGACUUCUGUCCCAGUGAUAAUGGCUGCAUGAAUCUGCCAAGCACUGAUGCGUUACCGCAGUCUCUCCAGCUCUCUAGGCUCCUGUCAACAAUCCCCUUUGAGUGACGUAUUCCAUCCUAGUUUACCCUGCAGUGCAUGCUGAUUGGCAGUUUUUCUAACAUUUUUGACCUUUUCUUUGAAGAAAUGGAGAAAAUGUCCUUGGUCUGUCAGUCCCAAAAGAGGAGGGAGGUUACAGUGCAAUGAAAGCCUUGAAUACUGAAAGAAAUCCUUUUUUUUUUUUUGGUCAAGUUUGUAUUUUGCAACAUCACACAUGCUGUAUCAUAAACAAGCCUCAGAUUUCUAAGGAAUCUUAAGUUCGGGAUCAUGAGUUGGUAAAGUUUUUCCCUGAUUUGGUUUUACGGACCCAAGCGCUUUAGGUAACUGCUUUAUAUGAGAAUGUGUUCUGUUAGAAAUGAAAUCAUAGAAGGCUGCGUUGAGUAAAGGCUGUCACGGACUGAUAACACUGAGCCAUGAUGAUACAGGGCUAGGCUCAGAUUUCUAUGGUCAGAGGACAUAUGCCUAAACAAACAGGAAGGAUGCUGACUUUUGCAAAGAAGCCUUUUUGCUGUAUUUUGUGCACUAAAGUACAUUGUUUGCCUAUAUAUUUGAAAUAUUUUUUAUCUGUACAGAUUUUAAUGUAAUUAAUGCUGUUUUUAUUUAUUAAUAGUUUAAUUAUGUAUAUCUUAGCAAAGAAAUUUUUUGGGUGAAAGCUUGAAGCAUUUUUUAAAGAUCAGGUCUAAUAGAAUAUAAAAUGCAAUAUGACUUGAUGUUUCAUCCACAUUUUUAAAUGUACCCUGCCUUGAUUUUGGUUGUCUUUUAUUGAAGGUUGUAAUUGGAAAGUGCUGAAAUAUGGCUGAUUUAACCAGCAAUAAUAUCUGAACCCAAAUAAUUAUUUUCUUUUAAGUCUGUCUUUUGUACAUAUACUUUUCUACCAUUGAAACAUUUAUGUACUCUUACAUACUUGACACUGUACAGGUUAGAAACAAUGCAGGUAUUUGCAGUUAAUGCAGCUGGUAUUUUUGUACAACAGUCAGUUUGCCACAGCAAAGUUUGUGUUAAGGUACUUUUGAAAGGCAAAAAACUACAUUCUUUACAUUCUCGGCUCAACUUUACCAUGCCUUUAAUGCUAGAAUACCAAUGAAUGUGAAUGCCCCUUUCUUAUUGAAUUGUUUUAUAAAUAAAAGUUUUAUCUGUGAAUGA